GGUUCAGGUGAUAUUAUGUAUGGGCCUGACAGGCAUCGUUUCUCUACCGCUGAGCUCACCAUAGAACAUGUUUAUACAUCAGGCUUCACACUGGUCUGGGACCAGGAGACGGAUGAACGCAGAGCGGCCAAGGCGAUGAUGGAUAAGGAUGUACUGGAAAUGCUGCAAGGCCUGAAGAUCAGGAACAGCCGGGCCCUGCAGGAGCUGACAUCUCUCUAUGAGGCUUGGAGAGGGUCGGCUGCAGACUGGAGCCCUCAGUUUGCAGAAGCAAUCUCCAAACCAAAGGUCAAAGGUUUCAGUAAAGGCCCCAAAUUCACUGUUCCGCACCCUUUUCAAAUGAUGAUGCGUGAAGCAGAGAAAGCAGAGAAAAGUAAGAAGAUGAAGGCCGAGCCCUGGGCCGAUCUACACGGUGAACAGGAAGCAGACGAUGCCGAAUGUGUAAAGCAGUUUCGGGCCCAGCCAGUGCCAGCCCACGUAUUCUUACCGAUGUACAAUGAGGUUAUGGAGCAAAACGAGAAGCGAAGAAUAACUGGAAUACAGGAAAGGAGGGAAAAUCUGCUGUCCAUGCAGAAACCAUUCCAGCUAUUGGCUCAGGACAGGAAAAGGCCAGUGAGCGCCCCCCCUGAACCAGUGCCACACAGAAAGAGGCCGAUCCCUAAAUCUGUCCUGGACCUCACUGUCAGCAAUGGACUGAGAGAGGCAGAAAUUUUAAGAAAGAUUAACAGUCAUUUGCGAGCGAAGGAUCUACUGGCGAGCUCCUGUGCCCCUGUGCCACUGAGCCGAGACAUCCGCGAGCCAAACUCCAGAACCACCCUGAAAACCAGACAGCAGCAUCUGGGCUUCCUACAGCAGAAUUUGACGUUCCAGCCCCAUGUAAACCAGUCCGUCCCCGACUUCCACAAGUUGUAUCGCAAUUUCCAAAAACUUUCUUUAAAGAAACAGAAGACACGAGAACCUACAGAGACCAAGCCUUUCAAUCUGCGCACAUCCAGCCUCCGCUCCAAGAUUCACAGCAGCACAGAUGUCCAGGAAGCCGUGCAGGAGACCCCACCACAGAGACUCCUGGCCCACCUGUCUAGCUUGUCACCAAACACUCUUCCAGUCUACAUUACAGAUAGCACCAAGAGACGGGACGUUGCCAUCAGAUCUUCUCUACAAGAGAGAAACAACCAGGACAAAAAGAAUGAAAAGUGGCUUCGUGAGCGUUGCCAGAAAUCUCUGACAAUGCAGUCGUCCCUGUCCAGACGAGCCAUAGCCCUGGAUCCACACAAGCCUUUGGCAGCAUGCAACAAAGAGAAACUGAAAGAGCUGCGACAAGCAGAUCGCAGGAGAACUCAGGAAUACAAAGAGGAGCUGGAGGAGAUGAGGCGACGUGUCAAUGCCAAAGAGUAUCUCUUUGAGCACGUCUCCAAGGGAUGUGCCAUUAAAGACAUGGAGCGCAGAUUUACCCAGACUCUAGCUCAGGCUGGGCUGAAGGAGGACUUUGUGCAGCAGAAGGGAAGAGAACAUCUGGAGCAGAGCGAAUCCCAUUGCAGCCAACACCACGAUGCAGAUUCCGAGUAAGACAGGGUCCCACAUGUACGUUUUAGAAGUGAAGAUUAGACUGAUCAGCAGGGUAGGCGGUGCAGAUCGUGGAGAGACGUGGACAUUUAAUGCUUCAUUCCUUUAUAACUUCAGUCUUCACCUGUGUGCUUAUUUGUAUUGUUUUACUGUGAAAUAAAGUUUGCUGUCUAUGGAUCAGUAUA